UGCGCGUCGCUCGUCACCCAUGGCCAAGCGCCUCUUCCACUCUUGCCGCUCCCCGUCCGCCGCCGCCGUGGUCACCCCCGCCACCAACCUCCUCGCCAAGCACCACUCGCCGGCCUUCACGCCCCCCGCCGGCGGAUGCUGUCCGCGCGGCCUCACUCACCGGCGGCCGCUGCCACCGGAGACCUGCGGCGCCAUGCGCUGCGCUGCCGACUACACUGCCGACGACCUCCCUCCGGCCCGCGGAACGCCCGCCUACCGCUGGCUGAAGAGCUCCCACUGGCACGUCAUCGAGGCCGCCACCGACGGCGACGACACGCCCCGCCUCAAGAUCGACGCGCGGCGCCGGCUGCGGCGCUCCCGGCGCCGCCGCCGGCUCCACCGCAAGGCGGCCAUAGAGAGCCUGUCGUCCGGCGACAGCGGGUGGUUCAGCAGCAGCGAGGAGCCGAGCGCGUACAGCAGCCGCAGCGUCGAGGCGGAGGCGACGCUGGUCACGUCCACCGCGACGGAGACCUCGUCGGGCGUGAGCGGGAGCUCCGGCGCCGUGGCGGCGACCGCUGAGGCGCGAGCGGAGGCGGUGGUGGCCGGGAGCUUCGCGGUGGUGAAGCGCUCGGACGACCCCCGGGCGGACUUCCGGCGGUCCAUGGCGGAGAUGGUGGUGGGCCGCGGCAUCUACGACGCCGACGGGCUGGAGCGCCUGCUGCGGUGCUUCCUGGCGCUGAACGACCAGCGCCACCGCCGCGACAUCGUCGACGCCUUCGGCGACGUGUGGGAGGCCGUGUUCGCCAGCCCGCUGCCGCACGGCGCCGUCACGUCCGCGCCUGCCGCGAGCUGCCGCGCGGCCGCCGCAGGGGCGCCUCGUCAGUAGGAGUGCAGAGCACGCAUGGCCACCCUGUAAAAUGUGAUUAUGUGUGGUACAUGUGGUAGACUAGACGUACGUACGUAUGUAAAUUACUAGUACUCUAUGUUCUUUCUUCUUUGGGUUUGCGGCCGUGGCCGCCUUCCUCCCGGUUGCUUGCAUGCCACUUCAUCUUUGCAGUGUGGAAAUGGGCGCGCGACUACUCGGAUGGGAUUGGACGUGAACAGGGAGCGUCUCUCUGCACACAUGCCUAUUUCUCGAUCUCAGCUCUCAGCUCUCAGCUGAGAAAAGGAAUCAUAUGGAGAGUUGGGAAUGGCAAGGAUAUUGACAUAUGGAGUGACCCAUGGAUUCCGAGAGGUAACACCAGAAGGGUCGUCUCCCAUAGGGGCAAUAAUUUGAUAACUAAAGUCAGUGAGCUAAUUAACCCAAUCACCAACAAAUGGGACGAAGAACUAGUGAGGCAAACUUUUACCCCGGAAGAUACAAAGUAUAUCCUUCAGAUCCCAAUCCAAGAUCAUCUCGAGGACUUCACGGCAUGGCACUAUGAUAAAAAAGCUGAAGAAGAUGGUGGAUUUGACUGGCUUAAACUAUGGACAAUGCCCCUCCCAAACAAAGUGCUCCAUUUUUUAUGGAGGCUAGCAACCAAUAGCUUACCGUUGCGAACAAAGCUACAAAACAGAGGUACAGGAGAAAGGGAAGGGGAUAGCCCAACAGCCAAAGCAAAAGUGGACAAGACCAGCUUCAGGAAUAUUGAAGAUCAACACUGAUGCAGCUUUUCACAGGAUUUCCAAUGAUGGAGGUUGGGGAUUUAUCAUUAGAAAUGAUCAAGGUAUAGCUGUAGCUGCAGGUGCUGGCAAACUGGAACAUAUGGCUGAUGCUUUCCAAUCUGAAGCAGUGGCUAUGUUGUAUGCAAUAAACAUUGCUAGCCAAAUGGGCUGUGAUAGAGUGAUGUUUGAAACAGAUUCUACACAGUUAAGAAGGGCUGUGUCUACUGAGGAAUAUGACCUGUCUGCACUAGGGGCCAUUUUCAGAGAGAUUAAAUUUCAGUUACAUGUAGGUUUUUCAGAUGUAUGUGUUGUAAACUGUUCACGAACAUGUAACCGAGUGGCGCAUAGGCUAGCAGCGUUUGGAGCAACAUUAAACUCUGGUGCAUGUAUUACUUGGCUGGGACAAUUCCCAGAGUUUGUUCAGAACCUUGUAGCUGGGGACUUGCCCAGCAAUGAUAUGUAGGAGGAAUGCAAUCUGUGUUCCGUUUCAAAAAAAAAA